AUGCAGUUAGCGGAGAGCGUUCGGAAGCGGUGGUGCUGCUCGGCAGCGGCUAAAGAAAAAGGGCAACGGUUCACAGGCAAGGAGGACAACGAGGAAGAAACAUUCGCUUUCAAGACAGCAAAGCAAAAAUAGGGUCGCAACAAGGAAAGUUUGCACCCCAAAAGAGUUAAAGCAAAAUUUAAAAGGACGGUGAUAUUUUGGGUGGGUGCGCGAGCCUGUGUUUCGGUUGGGAGCGCGAGUGGGAUCCGAGCGGCCGCUCGAGCUACUCUCCUCUCAACUCGGAUCCAACUAAUAUGGAGGCGUGAGGAAGGAGGCAAAACAACAACAACAACAAACAAAACAUCAACACCAUUCAGUCAGCAUCCACCGCAAACUCGAGGGGGGGAAAAGAGGAGGAGGAGGAGGGGGGAAUGUUUCAAGGGGAAGCGCCGCCGGCGCGGAGCAGCUACUCGGCGUUUCUCCUUCGUCCUUUUACUUUCCUAUGGAGGAGUUGGAGUUUCUAAGAAUUUGCCGCUCGCUAUGCCCAAGUCGAACAAGGGCAAUGGAGAACUGCCCCUGCCACCCGGUUGGGAAGAGGCAACCGACUACGACGGGAAGUUGUAUUACAUCGAUCACAACACCAAGCAGACGAGCUGGGUAGAUCCCCGCGACAGAUGGACCAAACCCCUCUCCUUUGGUGAUUGCGUAGGAGACGAAUUGCCUUUGGGUUGGGAAGAAGCAUUUGAUGCACAAGUUGGAAUUUAUUACAUUGAUCACAAUACACAGACAACACAAGUAGAGGAUCCUCGAGCUCAGUGGCGAAGAGAACAGGAGCGCAUGUUGAAAGACUAUCUAGUUGUAGCACAAGAUGCCCUAACUGCACAGAAGGAAAUUUACCAAGUAAAGCAACAGAGAUUGGAAUUGGCCCAACAUGAAUACAGGCAGCUAAAUGAUGUCUGGAAGGAUAAAUCUAGUUCCCAGACCAGCUUGUUCUCAGGCUCUUCAUCUAGCACUAAGUAUGACCCCGACAUUCUCAAGGCAGAGAUUUCAACAACAAAAUCUAGGGUAAAUAAACUGAAAAGAGAACUAUCUCAUAUGAGGCAGGAACUUCAGUACAAAGAACAAGGUUUUGAAACUCUUAAAGCAAUUGAUCUAAAGAUGUCAGGCACUCAGGGAGGAUAUAAACUUGAUGAAGCACAGGCAAUUGUGAAUGAAAUGAAAACCAUCAAAAAGGCCAUUAGCUCAGGAGAGAAGGAAAAAAGAGACCUCAUACAGAGCCUAGCCAGAUUGAAAGAUGGUUUCCGAAUUGAGACAGGAUUUCACGCUGAUCUCCGGGUCAGUCAUACGUCAUUAUUAAGCACAAAACAACCUGUCGGCUGCCAUUUUUCAGAUGUUGGGUCCCAGACAGAUAUUUCAGGAGAUUUUGUUUCCAGCAAUAAUACUAAACUGGCUGAGAAGGUGAGACUUAGCCUGCAAUAUGAAGAGUCAAAGCGAAGGAUUGCAAAUAUCAAGAUUGAACUGGCUAAGCUUACCAGUGAGGCAUGGCCUGGAGUGUUAGAUGCAGAACGAGACAGGCUGAUAUUGAUAAAUGAGAAAGAAGAACUGUUGAAGGAACUGCAGUUUAUAAACCCUCGUAAAUGGGCACACAGUGAGGUAGAGCGCCUGGAGAUGGAAAGGAAACGACUGGCAGAAGACCUUCAGGCUGCAAGAGAAACACAAAGCAAAGCACUAACAGAAAGAUUAAAGAUGCAUAGCAGGAGAAACAACUUGCUGAGGGAGUUAGAAGAAGCAACACGCUUAGCCUCAACAUUGCACUCACAACUACAAAGUCUCUCAACCAGCACUCUUUCACUGUCAUCUGGAAGUAGCAAAGGGUCAUUGACAUCCAGCCGUGGAUCUCUUGCUGCGUCCAGCCAAGAAUCUUCAAGCUCUGUUAGCUUCACUGACUUGUAUUAUGAUCAUCCAGAACACACAGUAGAUUUCGACUACCAGUAUAAACUAGAUAUCUUGCUUCAAGAGGGCACUUCAGGCAGUAGACCAGCAGGCUCCAUAACCACCAUUCAUGAAAAUGAGGUGGUCAGUUCUCGGAAUGGCUCCUCUUACAUAGAUACCUGUGGAGCCUCAAGCAAGAUUCACACACGGAGAUGCUUGUCUGAGACUCCCAAGUCUCUGACUUCAUUGUCACCUCGGUCUUCCUUGUCCUCCAUAUCACCACCUAGUUCUCCUGUAGUAAUAGACCCUCAUUUUUUGGUUCCUUCAGGGGAGCCACUUUUGAACGAUGCCAAUACAGACUUUGAAGAUACAGGACUGCCUGCUAAUAUUGCUAACUUUCGUUUACACAUUGAAAAUGAUAACCAGAUUUCUUCAAGAUCUUUACCACCAGAUAAGGUUUUGUCACCCUGCUUAAACUUGGAAUCCGAGAAUGGAUCAGAAUCUGAACCUUUUAGAAAUUCAUCAAAAGCACUGAGUGAAGAGUUGGGGAUUUCUACUAAAACCAAUGAAAGAAUAGAAGAUGCUAGCACUCAAACAGAGAUGUCUGGACCAGUCAUCCAUCACAAAAUUGCAUGUGUUUCUGCAGCCGUAUCAGAUGAGUCAGUGGCAGGUGACAGUGGUGUAUAUGAAGCAGUCAGAAGAUCGUGUGAGAUAGAAGAUGUACUUUUCGAUGAUGAAAUUGAAGCACUAGGAGCUUCCCGACUCCAGAUUGGAAUGAAGUAUGAUGAUAAAAGCAAAAGAUUUGCAAUAUUUAUUAUUCAGUUGAGCAAUCUAGCAGCACUCUCAUUACCACAGAACCGUACAGUUUAUAUCCGAGUGGCUGUGCUCCCAUGCUCUGAAAAUGCAAGUUGUCUGUUCCGCACCAAAGCAUCAAUAGCUGCUGAAAUCCUGGCAUAUAAUGAAGUCUUUUGGAUCACCGUUUCCUUUUCUGCUUUGCGUCAGAAGACUCUGCGAGUUGAUGUUUGCUCGGUGGAUAAAUCUCACCGGGAAGAAUGUUUGGGUGGUGCUCAGAUCAGCUUGGCAAACGUGAACAGAUGUGGAGAGUGGUCAACACAUUGGUACAACCUCCUUAGUCUUCAUUAUCUGCAGGAACAAAGCAUGAAGCACGGUGCACAAAAUGAAGAUGUUCUUCAGUCAGAAAGUAAACUCUCUACAACAGAGAAGAAGGAUUCUGUGUCUGCACUCCUAGAGCAAACAGUUGCAGAACUGCAGGCAGUAGAGCGGAGACUAGAAGAAAACAGAAAUGUGUUGACUCUAGGAGAAGAAAGGCCAAAUGUGCCAGAGGAGGAAGGCGACUACAAUGAAAACGAAGUAACUAAGGAGGAGGAGGAAGAACAAGAAGAAUACAAUGAAGGAAUACUGUGGGAAAAUGAAGACAGUACUGAGAAUGCCAGUGAGCAGACUGAUGAGCAGUCAGUACUCACAGCAGUAGGUGCAGUGAAGGUUGAUAAAGAGACUAACACAGAGGACACUCUGGCAACUACUUCUGCUGUGCGUCCAAAGGAUAGAAGAACCCAUACUGCUCAACAGAGCCCAUUUGUGAGAGGCAGUGCUAUUAUUCGUUCAAAAACUUUCUCUCCAGGCGCGCAGAAUCCUUAUGUGUGCAGGUUAAAUCGAAGUGAUAGUGACAGCUCAACGUUAUCCAAGAGAUCCCCCUUUGUUCGGAAUGCCAUGGAACGGCGCAGUUUGCGAAUGAAGAUGCCUCCAAUCAGAAGGGUGGGAUCAGAAAGGCUGAUGCGAACCUCUUUGGAUUUGGAGUUGGAUCUACAGGCAUCCAGGACCAGGCAGCGCAGGCUAACUCAGGAACUGGAUAUCUUGAGGGACCUGAGACAACAAAUUGAUGAGGCCAAAGCCAGAGGAGAGACAGAACUGCCUCAAUGGGUGAAAGAGGAUGAGAGGUUUCUUACCCUUCUGAAGCAAGUUGAAAAACAGGCAGAGCAAACAAAAGAACAACAGAAACAGGAGAACAAAGUUCAAAGGCUUAUGAAGAAAACAUCUAAAGAGGUGCACAAGUUACGAGAACAGAGUCAGAAAGAGCCCCUAGAGAUGCAAUCAUUCUGGGAGAAGAUGGCAUUUUUCACACGAGGAAGGGGAGGUAUCCUUCCAUUACCUGCUGAUGAUGUAUGAUCAGCACAAAGCCUUGAAUUCCUCGCAGUACUCUCUCUUACUGCUGAUUUUUAAAAAUUUGGCUUAACUGAAGUUGUUUGUGUAUUGUGAUGGUACAGAUAUAUUUUGUAAAUUUUAGAAAACUUUUUGAAGUCAUUGCAAUGUUUGAAUGUAUACAAAUCUACACUUCAAUUAUAUGUUGAACUCUUGUAGAGGAAAUGUAGCAUAGAUUGAUGUUAAACUAAUUUGUACAGUUUAUAUUUCAGGCAUUUUUGUAAAAAAAGACAUCAAGAACAAAAUCAAUUGAAAAUACUUUCAAAAGGAAAUGUUGCUUUCAGCUUAUUGUACAGUAAUUAGUUUUAUAAAUGUUAAGCUGCAAUAGAUGAGUUGAAGCACCAAUUAGAAACUGUGAUUAAAUAACAUUCAGUAUUGUUUGUGAUGUCACUGUCUUGAGGUACCUAAACAGAAGCUCUAUAUUCUUCUAUGAAAAUAGUCUGUUAUCUAAUAUUGAAAAGAAAAGCCCCCUUCAUUUUCUCCAGUAUAUAUUUAUAAAGCUUAGGAAAAUUUAAUUCUGGAAAUAAUGUGUAGUUUUAAAACAAUGUGUACUGUAUUUGUGUGCAGGUUAAAUGAUCUUUAUUUAAGAGAGAAAAAUCUAGUUUUGACACUGAAUGGUCGGUUUUUAGGACCAGGUACAUGAUGGUUAGGAUUGCAGAACUUCAUUUAUAUGGUACUAUUUCUCUAAUUAACUGUGUUCAUUCUGCUUUCUUCUUGCUGAAGCUGGGGAAAAUUGGAAAGUCUUAAAAAAUAAUUUUUAUGUAAGAGCUAAUGCCAGUUUAACAGCAUCGAGUACCUCUCCUGUGCUUAUUACUACUUGCCAACAGCUGCAGGUAAGCAAGAGUUAUAGGCACAGAAAAUUCCAGCAUCAAUAAACAUUUUGAGUAAUGGUACUAAUAAUAUUCAUGUUUGCUGAAAUUAAACAAUGAUGCAGAUUAAUUAACGGUUUUGAAUUUAUGAGCUGGUCAGGAGAUGAUGCUCAUUUUAUAAUUGAUUUUUGGUGAAGUAGAAGACAAGCUCAAAUAGGUAAUUUCAGUAUUUGGAACAAAACAUAUAUAUUAUGACAGAGUAUAACAAUUCCACAGCUGAGAAACAAUGGAAACUUGAGACAGCAGAUAAACUAUGUAUAAUGCAUUUGUGUAUUCAGUUGAACAGCUCUGGGAGCAUGACAGAAACAAUGCCAUAUAAAAUUUUAAAACUCCUAAGAUUGAUCCCCGAUUAAUAUCAUCUUUCAUGGUGCCCAAUGGCACUACGAUUGGCUUCAGAGUUUCUGUGUUACAGAAAGGAAGAACCAUUCGGGGUGUUGCUCCAGACUGCUUUGUCUCAUACAUGGAUGUGGACAGGAUUAGGUUUCAUUGUUAUUCGCUCUCUGACUAGGUUGAAUAAUGUUCCCAUACUUACUGGCCAAGAUUAUGCAUGAAGGAAAACCUCUUUCUAGGGGACCAGAGGGCAGCUGUCACAUUCUGCACCAUAAGGCACUUGAGUAGAAGAUGGGAUUUUUCAAAAAAAAAGAAAAAAAUAGAACUAUUGCCACUGCAUUGCACAACCAAGUAACUCAAUGGUAUUUUUGCUCUUUUUAUUUCUUAUGUUCCCCAUGAUUUCCAAAUCUUUUUCUUCCAUUUCUCAAAAUGGUGACUGUGCUGAGAUAUACUUGUGGGGAAACCAACAUUUCAGAACAAUCUUUUGCAUUUGGCUAUUCUUCAUACUUGAGUUUAGGAAAAGAGUGCUGAUGGACUGUUCAUCGUUAGACAAUUAUCAUUGAAUGCAAUCACAUCUUCAUAGGCAUGCACACCUGGCAGGGGAUCACAAGAUAUCAAACAAGAACUAUGACAAGCUUGCAUGUUCUUGCUUGAAGGCGUUGAGGUCAAUUUUAGAUUGCACUCUUGCGUAAGUGGCAGAAGUCCUGCAGCUGGGUGAAAAAGUUUGGGGUAACUCCACUUUGGUGGGUGCGGGACCCAGGGUUGCAUUUUGCUGGUGGCAGCCAAUUAAAUGGCCACUAUCAGUGCUGUCAUUCUAUUAAGGAUAGUGACCUGCCCCAAGAGCUGUGGUUCAAUCAGGGCAGAAGGCUCAGCAGCGCCAUAGCUAAUGGUGACCAUUGCUAGGCUGCCCCUGGAGGAUGAGGGUAAUGGCUAAGUCAUAAUGGCACAGAAGGAGGAUAUUAUGUCCAUGCUGGCUCUUUGCAGAGCAGGCUAGUAAGUCCCAUUCCCCUGCUCAAACCCUAUAGCUCUGCAUGUUUAUUUCCCUCAAGUGCCUAUCCAGUUUCCUUUUGAAAGCAUUGACUGUUGCUGCUUCCAUCACCACUGUAGGCAGCGAGUUCCAGGUCAUUACCACUCACUGCAUAAAAUUGUUCUUCCUAACAUCACAGCCCACCCCCCAUAUCUCCUACCCAAAACCUUAACCUUUCUUAACCUCUGUACUACCAGCUAAUAAACAACUUUCUUUGUCUAUCUUAUCUAAACCUGUCAUAAUCUUGUACACCUCUAUCAGAUCUCCCUUCAACCUCCUUUGCUCCAAGGAGAAAAAUCUCAGCUUCUCCAACCUAACUUUGUAGGUAAAUUCUCUCAACCCUGGGACCAUUCUGGUAAAUUUCCUCUGCACCCUGUUAAGGAUCUUCACACCCUUCCUAAAGUGUGGUGACCAGAUGCAAUAUCCUAGUUGUGGCCUAACCAGAACUUUGUAAAGGAUCAGCAUAACUUCUUUGCCUUUGUACUCAUAACCUAUUUAUGAAGCCCAAGGACUCUUGUACUUUGCUAAUUACCCUGUCAAUAUGUCCUGCCACCUUCAAAAAUCUGUACACAUAAACCUUCAGGUCCCUCAGUUCCUGCACACUCUUUAGAACUGAGAUUAAGUAUAUGUUGCUUUUCCCUAUCCCUCCCGCCAUAAUAUAUCACCUUGCACUUCUCUGUAUUAAAUUAUAUCUGCCACUUGUCUACCCAUUCUGCUAGCCUAUCUGUGACCUAUUGCUGUCGAUUGGUAUCAAGCUCACUGUUUGCCUCAUGUUCAGUUUCAGCAAAUUUUGGCAAUGUUCCUAUCUACCCUCCUCCAGUCUGAAAGAACAACCAUUUACCGUGACUCAUUGUUUUCUGUUCUUAAGCCAAUUUUUCUAGGCUGACACUGACCCUCCUAUUUCAUUAGCCUUAAUUUUGUUAACCAACCUUUAAUGCAGCAGUUUGUCAAACACUCUCUUAAAUCCAUAUAGAUAACAUCCAUUGCAUUUCCUUUAUCAACCUUUUCUGUUACUUCAUCAAAAAAUUCAAUUUGAUUGGUCAAACACAAUCUGGCUUUUAUAAAUCCAUGCUUUCUCUCCCUCCCUAAUUAACUCAAACCUCUCCAAAUGUCUGUUGGUUCUUUUUUUUCCCUUGGCUAUUGUUUCUAAACCUUACCGACCACUGAUUUAAACUGACCAGCCUGUAGUUACCAGUAAUUUCCUUAUGUCCCUUCUUGAACAAGGAUGUCACAUUUGACACUUUGCAGUCAUCUGGCACCUCCCUGUAUUUGGGGAAGAUUGGAAGAUUAUGGCAAACCUUCUGCUAUCUCUAACUCGCUUAUCAACCUAGGAUGCAAGCCAUUUGGACCAAGCAAAUUAUCCACUCUAAGGAUAGCCAACCUUUCUAAUAAAUAUAUAUAUAUAUAUAUAUAGCCUAUCAAUUUUCACCCCAUCCAUUACCUCUACCAUCUCUACUUCUACCUAUAUUUUGUCAGCAUUCUCUUCCUUAGGAAACACCAAUACAGUACUCAUUAAGUACUUGCUCUAUAACUCUAAGCUUUCUAUGUUGCUCUAUACCUCUAUCCCUAUUAGGUACCAUCCCACCUCUUACUACCCGCUUACUAUUUGCAUGUUCGUUGAUUUUUCAGUUCCCUUUUAUGUUAACUGCCAUUGUAUUCUCAUAUUCUCUCUUUGCUAGUCUUAUUUCCCUCUUCAUUCCCUCUUUCAACUUAUUGGACUUGGCCUGGUUCUCAUUUGAAGAAUUCAUCUGAUGAGUAUCACAUAUACUCAUUUCUUUUAUUUCUUCAUAUUCUUUAGACCCUUCGCCAUCCAAGGAGCCCUAGCUUUUGAUUUUUGAUACACUUUGCUUCUCAACUCUAAUCAAAUGGAUUCAGACUUUGCCCCCUCAAGGACAUCUCUUUCUAACAUUACAGUGACUUCCCUAAACAUUACUGCCACCCUACCUCCCUUUUUUCCCUUCUAUAUCUUUUCUGGACACUUUGGGCUAAUUUUUCAUUCUAGGGCCCCUUUUUCUGCUAUUGGGUUGAAAUGUGGGUCAGGAACCACAAAUGUCAGUAGCAGACCCAGAGCGCAACAUUGAAAGAGGUAGUCAAUUCAGAGCCCACUCAGUUAAGGGAUGCAGGCUUCCAAGUGUGGACAGCCAGUAGGAAGGCUGAAAACAAUCAAAAGUUGGCAGCCUACUAUUGAGGUGGGAGCUGCUGAAGUAUGUAGGGAGGCAUGAGGUUGCGACCAUUCCCAAUUGCCAGCAACAAAUCAAGUAAGUAAGACCAGAAGGGUUAGGGAGAUAGGGGAAAAGUGUUCACAGUGCACACACUGUCUCAGUUGCAGCUGAUCUUCAGAGUGGAGGCUUCCAAGUACAUGAGGCCUCCGAUAUCAACCUGGCCUGCUGCUGGGAGGCUGCUAUGGUUUCAAAGAUGGUUUCCUGAUGUGACAUGUAUCCCAUGUGUGGAUCGAAAAUCCACUUGGCAUUGGCAGAGUGCUAGUAAUUAAGCCCUUAAGGGGGCUUAAUUGGUUACCCACUACGGUCAGGUAGGUAAUGAUUACCAAAGACAAUCCAACUACUCCCUCAUCCUGUGGAGACAGUUACGUGUCAUGGAACAAAAACUAGAAGUGCUAGAAAAUCUCGGCAGGUCUGACAGCAUCUGUGGAGAGAAAGACAGAGUUAACGUUUCGAGUCAGUAUGACUCUUUUUCAGAAAGUGUCAUGGGUUCAGCCUGACAGGAUUUUCCUCCUGUUUUCAGACUCUCCUGCCUCCAGUUCCACUAUCACGGGCCACUAAAAAUUCAACUCCUUGUAUCCAUGAAUACUAAACGCCCUGUCCUCACCUUUUUAUGCCACAUGUCCAUUAUUGAACUUAAAUCAUAUUUCCACAUGACUAAUUGCUUUUGUAGUUCACUGACCUUAUUCACCACGCUUUGUCUAUUUUAAGUUACUUCAAACUGAAUUUGUUUCUAUUUGAUCUGGGGCCAGAUUGCAUAUGUGUAGUUAGAACUGAAUAUACUGGCCCUCGUUAUAACAAUACCAAAUAACUUGUUGCUUGACUCGCUUUUGAAAUGAUGCACAUUCGCCUAUCUGUACCAAACAUCCCCAUACUGUAACAUUGCACUGUGAUUCGUUGUUUGUGGUUUUCUCAUUGAUAGACUAUUUAAAGUAGUUUUAUAGUAGUACACUGUGUGAUAUAGCAUGGAUACUUUAGAGUUACUACUUUAUACCACAUGAUUGGACAGUAACUAACCAUUCGCUGAAAAUAGAAAGCCAGCAAACUCGAUCCUAAUAAAUCAUCAAUUGCCUCAUUUAUAGCAUGACUUUAAAAACACAAAUCCCAAGAAAAUACUGUGUUUUAUGUUGUAGCCAUGAGCCACAUUUGGAAAUCUGAACUAUUUGAUAUUUAAAAGUGUGUUUUUUGAUGCUGACUUGUUUACUUUUACUGAAUUGGAAUUAGAAAAUGGAAACACCAGUUUGUGCACAAAUGACGAUUAAACUCUUUAUGGCUGUUGGCACUAGUGUUCACCGCACCAUAUGGACCAAACAGAUUUUCUGAUUCACUCGUGUUUUAACUGCAGCAACUAUACCAUUCCAACUGGAAUGAUGGAUUCAUUUUUAAAUUGAAUAUAAAUAGCCAAAUCUAAAUGAUACAAAUUUUACUUUUGUUUAAAAAAAUGUUUAAUACAGCACUGUGGAAAAAAAUUAUUAUAGCCAAUUCAGAAAGUCAGAAAAAGUGAUAGAAACUACCUUUGUGCGGUGAUUUUAUUGGUGUGCUUUCAUCUCAAGAUUUGCUCUUAGGAGAGGUACUUGCUGACAUUAUGUGGCAACUAUCCCAGAUUAAUUGCAGGAAAAGUGCUUUCCAUAUUACCAGUUGUGUUUCUGUAGUCUGUUGUUAAAAUUCCUUUCCAAGUCAGCUUUGUGAUCAUUGAAAUUUAAUUCUGUUCCUCUUUAAGCAACAGUUGAUGAAGUUAUUAAGGAGAACACAACCUUUUUUAUAUAAAAAAGUGUUAAAUUGCAACAGUUUACUCAUCAAUCUGGUGUUUUGGACCACAUGUCUGUUUUUCCACAAAACAGCAAAGUAAUGUGCUUACACCAUUCUUUUCCCUUUCACAGUAUAUAUUGUGGACUAACUGGAUUGGUUCCCAGUAGUAUAUUAAGACCAACUUUCCAAAAUUUGUAAUACUUUAAAUGGAGCCAGGUCUUCAAAAAAGCAGAAGGUUUUAUAAUUUUAAAAGUGUAACUGAUUUUUCAUUUUUUAAUAAAUGGUUAAAUAUCCUUUAUUACAGCAAAUCACUGUUGGACUUGGAGAUUGUACUGACCUUAAUAAGCUCUGUGAUUUCCUCCCCUCUCUAAAUUAUGGCAUUUCUACCCAAGGAACCAGAUUGAAUCUCAUCCUUGAACUGACAGUUUAAUUGCAUUAAUCUGUACAAUGAAUGCCACUAUUCUUUCACUGACCUGCUAAAUGGAAUACCUCAAGCUUAUGCAGUGUUCCAAGCUCUUGGUUAAGUAUAGAGAAGAGAGAUUGAAACAUAUCUCAGUUCCACAAAGUGAUGUUUUGCCUGGCCAAUCUGUUGAACAUCAAUGCAAACAUUGCGUUUCCAGCGAAGUUGCCACAUUAAAGUUCUUUCAAGUAAAAAAGGCAGGAGAAGAGUUUUUUUUGUAAGUUUGACAUCAUAUAUGUGCUUUUAAAAAAUAUAGGGAUUGUGUUUUUAUGUUAGCAGCAUUAGAGCAAUUUAAGACCCCAAAAAUAGCUGAAUUAUGGUACAGUGAUGCAAAGAAAAAUGUGAUUACAAAAUUUACAGUGAAUGUGCCAGAUAAUAUUUCCUCAUUAUCAGUCAAUGGGGCACAUCUGAUCUAAAAGAAUAGCUAGUUAGAGAGAAUAAAUUCCCAAUUUUGGGGGAAGAGGAAUCAUCAAUAAACAUUAUUUUAUAGUUUUUGUGUUCAUUUCAUAUAUAUCAUUAUUACUGCUUCAUUAUGAAUUCACUUAUGAGCCAAUUUCCUGAGGAAAGGAUUGGGUAGCAACUUUUAAGCAGAGCUGAUGAGACUUGUGUCAUCUGCUCCAGGUGCAAAGCAGUAGGAAUUGAACUCCCAUUGUAGGGAGAAACCUUGAAAUAAAUAUUAAGUGUCCUGACCAAUGUUCACCCCUGUGUAGGAUCUGCUGUCAUUCUUACAUGAUGGUAAUUCUUUCAUAUUGCUUAGCAUAGUGAAAUGACUCUGUAGACUGGACUCCACAGAGCUUAAUCACAAGUCCCAGUCUUAACGGUAAUGUUCAUUGGUGUGGCAGAAACCACUCUGUAAGACUUGCUACUUGGUCAUUGCUAUAUAAUUGUGGAUAAUCUCAUGCUUGCUAAUUUUGACCAUUGUGUGAGAUAGUUGGAUUCCUACAAGGGAUGGCACAUUAGAGCAUAGUUUAUGACACUUGAAAAGAUUUGUGCUAGCGAGUCAAGUGAAAAUUUAUCACUUUUUAAAAAGGUUUCCAGUUCUCCUUUAGUUAAAAUGUUAAAGGCUGCUGUUUUACAUUUUUGUCACUUAUCUUUCUGAUAAUAUGCACAAUAAUAAUAGAAAUAUUCAGUCACAUUUUUGAUUUCUGUAGUGUUGAUUUGGUGAUUUUUAUUUAUUAUCCAAUAUGUGAAUUUGCUUGGAGUUUGAUUUUUUUUAAUCUAUGGAGAGGGGUAGAAGGGGAUUAGAAUUUGUUACUAAAUUUUUGUUUCAUUUUGUAUUUACUGGCAACAGUGGUUCAUACCACCCAAACAGGUGUGAAAUUUUGGCCCGUAACAUCCUCCCCAAGCUGAAAAAUUUCAUUGUAAAACUACAAAAUCCAGGUCACUGAGGUAAAAAGGGAAAAUGGUAUUCUGCAAUAAUUUCCAACAUUUGGCUUCAGAAUUCAAUGGAGAAUGCUAAAUGCCAGAGAUAGGUUGUUGAGUUUCCUUUCCUGAUUGUCAGUCUCAACAUUGCUCAAGUGUUAUUCAGUGGAAAACCCCCUUGAACCUUUUGUCAGCAGUAAUGAUCGAACAAAGCAAUUGAAAAAUGUGUGUAGAAGAAUAGAACAUGUUUUUUUUUCUUUAUAUUGCUUGUGUACACACAAUUGCCUCAGAAAUCACAAAGCGUCUAAAUUGUCACCUUCCUCAAAUUUAACAAAGGUAGCUCUGUCUCUUCAAAAGAAAUCUCAUGCCCUACACAAAGCAUUUAUUGUACAACUGUUUUGCUGCUUCUGGGGCCUGUACAAUAAAAAAAGUGCAGAAGUAUACAUUCCAUCUUCAUGAAACAUUGUAAAACUAGGACAAAUAUCACUCCCCAGGCAUCUGUCAGUAUCACAUUAAAUUCUAACUGCAGUUAAUCAUGUUCCUACGUACAGGUGGACUGAAUGUGUUGGGUUGGAGCGCAGACCUUGAAAUUUCAGUUAAUGCUGGUGCUGAGUCAAAUUCUCAGCAUACAGUCAAUAAACAUCUUCCCUGGCCACCCACCAUCACCAUUCUGAACUGUUCACGUGUGAUUUCUGUCCAUAGGGCAUUUAGGAAUAUUUUAUUUGGGUGAGGUGAAAAUAUGAUCACGCACAUCCUUCAAAUUAUUCUGCAUACUUUGCCCUUGUGAAAUGGCUUUGUGAACAUGUCUGAUAACUUCUGUGCAACCCCUUCGAGGAAGAACAGAAAUUUAUGUAGCGACUUAUUACAUCUUUCAGAAAUGUCCAGAACCACUUCACAUACAAGUAGUUAUUUUUGAAAAGCAGUCCAUGUCUUUUAUAAGCAAAUAUAAGUUGCCAUUUUGUGUAUAGACAUUCUACAUAGAAUUACAUAGCAGCACAGAAACAGGCUAUUGGGUCCAUGCCUGUGCUUAUGCUCCUCACAAACCACCUCGCACCUCUCUUUAUCUAACCCUAAGGAAUGGUGUUCCUUUCUCCCUCAUAUUUAUCUAGUUCACCUUUAAUGCAUUUUUGUUCACCUCACCCACUUAUGGUUCUCCAAUCUAACCUCAAAGACCUGGCAACAACCAGCCUCCAUAGCAUUGUGCUCUUGGACCCAUUAAUCUAUUUUGGUGGUGUUAAUUGAGAGGGAUGUUGGCAAGGACAUUGGUUUACAUCGUGCUCUUCAAGUAGUGCUGUGUAAUCUUUAACAAUAAUCUAAAUUAUUGGGAAAGGUAAACAACUGGAUCAAUGGGAAUGAAAAACUGGACAAAAUUAAUAAUAUUUAAUGUAAUACACAGACUCUGCUAGAUUGUGAUUUGUAACUGCUGGUGCGAGAAAAUAAUGAGGCUUAGUUCUGAAUUUAGCAUAUUACUGCAUUUUCACAUGCAUUUAAUCUGUGUCUGUGUCAAGAAUUUACAUUCUUGAUUUACAACUUCAGCUUGUGCGGACUGGAAAAAGACCGAAUAAAGCAGUUAUUCAGCAGACAGUUUUCAUGAAAUAUUAGUUCCCAAAUUGUGGGAAAUUGUUCACUUACAUACACUAAACUCUCUCCCUCAUAUUAUAUCUUUUUCUUUCUACAUUUCUCAUAUUGUCCUACAUUAGAACAAUAAAACCUCUGCCUCAUAUUAUUGAACUUGCAAUGCUGUGAUAUUAAGAUGCAGUUAAUUUCCCGUUAAGUGAAUCCGGGCUUCCUUAUGACCUAUAAGAAAUGCUGUAUCUUGAUUUGAUUCCUACCAAUUUUCAGGACUUUUUAUUUCAGCAUGCAUAUGACAAUAUGAGAAGAAAGCCAUUGUCACAGUAGUAGGGCAUAAAUGUACCACCAAUAGAUUACCCGUUCUUGUAAACAAAUUGUCUUUGAUGUGCUAUUUUGUUUGGUACCAAUGCAAAGAGGCAAUAUUAUUGAAAAUAUACUUGUGUAUAGGGAUAACACAAUCGUUCCUUGGCACAAGUCAGUGAAUCUUCCUUUUAAACCAUCCUGCUUUCACAUUUUUCCACUGAUAGCACUGUUUGUAGAACUAGAUUUGGUUGAAUAAUCAAGUUUAAGAAGUAAAUGUAUGAGCUAGAUGUGUUACUAUUCUAAGGGUUUUGCACCUUGGCUAAAGAAAACUUUCUCAAAAAUGAAGUAGGAAUCCCACUAAUGAUGAAAUGUAUUGCAACUGCACCUUUUUAUUCCUAGCAUCAUCAAAUCAAUUUUAUUGUGAAUUGUAGAACAUUUUUCAGAGUUAUGAUAAUUCAGAACAAAAGAAGAACUGUUGCCUGAGCUACUGGAUCAUGGAUUGUUGCAUUUCCUUACUCAGAUGUACCAGAAGGCAGUUACUGGAAAUAUUUGGGUAUAAAUUCAAUUACCAUUGUGGCAAGACAAGAGCUUACAUUUUUAUUGCUGUAAGACUGAGUAGUUAUAUCUGUAAUCACCGAAUGAAGCUCCUUGUCAUUUACACUUACUCUUCCUGUGGUGAAGAUCAUUACAUUAAAAUCUUGGACUGAACAGUUUUUGGCAGCUGUUUUGCAUUAAGAGGAAGAACUUCCCUUCAUCUGUUUCUGUCCUUACCUUUCAGAACGUUUCCUUGUUCUAAACUUGUUUCAGCUUAAAGCUUUUGGUCAGAAUUUUAAGUAUUCAAACUGCACAAAGUCAUAUGUUCAUAUACUGCUUGGAUUGUGCAAAGAACAGAACUUUUGAACCAAUUUUCCCCCAUUACAAUCCUUCAGAGAAUGUUUUGACCCUUUUCCCUAUUUGUUUUAACACCAGUUUCAUAGUUUGCUUCAUAGAAUGCAGGGGUGUUUAUUAUAAAAAAAAUUUUAAAAUGUACUUAGAUUAAGAUGGGAAUCCUAAUUUUCUGAUUUGUAAUUUCAAAAUAAUCCUUGUUUGCAGCUUUGAUCUUAAUCAUGAUUUAUCAGAUGAAAGUUGCAAGGUUCAUCUAUCAUCUCAUUUAUGAGUUUGUACUAUAUGACCUGACAGUUGUGAACAUGCCACACAACCAGCAAUAAAUGACCAUUGUUUUAUUCAUGACCAAAACUUUAAGUCUGUAAAUAAGUGUAGCUUACCUUCCUAGUACAUGAUGUAUUUGGAUGAUGUCUGAUGUCAUGAACCUUGUUCUUUAUCAAUUCCUUGAUUUUUGAAUAAAUACAUAUUUUAGAAAAAAAA